AUGAGACUUUCUCUGCAGUACUUGCUGGUUCUGGCUGUAUCCGCGGUUUUGGCACAGGCGGUGGCUAUCGAUAUCAUUGGACAACUUAAUAAAGAGGCCGCAAAACAACAAGCUGGCCUCCCCGCGAACCCACAGGUAGUUGCGGGAGGCCAGGGUCAGAACAUUGCGGCCGGAGACCUUGUCCGAGAGAUUCUCGGGCUCUUAGGGAAAGCCGCUGGACAGCGCAACGGCGCAACGCCCAACACCGAUCUACAAAAUGGCGCCAACGAUGGCAAACGAAACAGCGGGCAGAAAGAGGGCAAAAAGGGCAAAAAACCGGAGAAUGGUGGCACUGCAGGAAACGGAACUGCAGUAGACGAGGGGAAGAAGAAGGAGGGCGCAAAAAAAGAGGGCGCGAAGGAGGGCGCAAAGAAGGAGGGGGGGAAGAAGGAAGGCAAGGGGAAGGGUAACGAGGGCGCCAUCAAUGGCACGGCACCGGCGGCCGGUCGAGGAAAGAAGAACGAGGGCGCCAACUUGGGUGCUAUUAACGGCACGGCACCGGCGGCCGGCCAAGGAAAGGGACAGGGAAAGGAUGGCAAGAAAAAGGGAGAAGGGAAGAAGGAUCGUGGAAAGGAGAAGGGUGGCGCUGAGGGCGCCAAGCCGUCAGCACCACCGCCAGCUCUUGGAGCCAUCGAGCCAGGGGCGUCCCCCAAUAUGACCGCACCACCGGUCGCUGCCCCGGCCGCUUCCCCGCCCCCGGGGCUCCUUCCCGGUACAGGCCCACGAGGUGGAAUUGGUGUCACCGUCAUCCCGAUCGCCGACUCGCAGCGCGAGAAAACCAAGUCGGAUGGCGCUGCGGCCACUCCUGCCGCUCCCACCCCGCCGGUUGCCGCCAACCCAGGACUUCCUCCGCCACCCGGAGCCGAUAACCAGCGGGUCACCUACAUCCCACCUCCGGCUGGUCAGAAUACGAUCCCAGCCCCGCCGGCCGCCACCACCGACCCAGUUGCUACGCCUCCUGCCCAAGCGACCCCGCCACCGGCUGCCGCCCCUGCGGCACCUCCCGCGCAACAGUCUUCGUCUCCUCCUGCCCAAGCAUCCCCGCCACCGGCUGCCGCCCCUGCGGCACCUCCCGCGCAACAGUCUUCGUCUCCUCCGGCCCAAGCAUCCCCGCCACCGGCCGCCGCCCCUGCGGCACCUCCCGCGCAAGAGUCUUCGCCUCCUCCUGCCCAAGCAUCCCCGCCACCGGCCGCCACCCCUGCGACACCUCCCGCACAAGCAUCCCCGGCGCCUGAGCCCACUCCUUCGCCCCCAGCUCCUGCAGCACCGUCACCGACCCCCGCACUGUCGUCAAAACUUAACCUUGGUGCCGAGAUCCCCAACUCGACGCUGCCUGCGGCCGGAGCAACUGUCCCGACUGCUCUUCCCGUGGCUGCAGCCCCGCCUUCAACAACUCCUGCUCCUGAUGUGGCAAACAAUGCUGGAGCUCCUGCGCAACCCAACAUAGACAUCAGCGGACUGACGCUCAAUUCAGUGCUAUCGCUGGGUGCAUUGGUACCAGCGAACCCGGCACCUAGGACUUAA